AUGAAAUACAUAUUUCUAUUGCUACUGUCCCGUGAUUUUGUAUAUGGUGGGUUGUUUGACAUUCAAGAUGUUAUAUCAGAUACAUUGACGCGCCUACCUCGAGACUUCUCUUUGGCCAUUAAAGACAUUGCUGAAGGGCUGCCGACGAAAACUAUCACUGUGGUCAGAGGAAACUCCACCAGCAUCAGAUCAGAGGAUAUCUUCGAACUACUGUGUCUUCUGAGCGAACAUAAGGUCUCUGUGGUAAACCUUGACAUUUCAACACGAGACAACAAAGAAAAGUAUUAUGCAUUUUUAAAACAAGCUUUGGACACGUCUGAAGAAAGAACAAGUCUUAUACUCUGCGAGCCAUUUGAAUGUGAAAAUAUUCUAAUUGAGUUGACAGAAGGCAACCUUAUCCACCGUAUGAUCCUGUACAUCUUCUACUGGCCAUAUGGGGUCAUCAGUAAGAGGUUUCUGCUCAGUAUCAGAGAGGCAAUGAGGGUAGCUGUCAUCACUAACCCUAGGCCUAGUGUGUUUCGAGUCCACUACAACCAAGCGAUACCCGAUCGUCUCCAUCACCUGACCCUGGUCAACUGGUGGGCAGGCAGCCUCUACAAAUCACCAGUACUACCACCCGCUGAUAAGGUCUACCACGACUUUAAAGGACGAAUCUUUGAAGUUCCUGUGUUACAUGCUCCGCCAUGGCACUUCGUGAGAUAUAAUAACGACUCGACAGUCAACGUGACUGGCGGUAGAGAUGACAAACUGCUAGCUUUACUUGCCAAGAAGCUCAACUUCAGGUACCGAUACUACGACCCUCCAGACAGGAGUCAGGGGUCCAGCAUUUCUGGCAACGGCACCUUCAAAGGCACUCUCGGCUUGAUUUGGAAAAGAAAAGCAGAUUUCUUCCUGGGUGAUGUGACGAUGACCUGGGAACGCUUGCAAGCCGUGGAGUUCUCCUUCUUGACACUUGCAGACUCGGGAGCAUUCCUUACUCAUGCUCCCGCCAAACUUAGUGAGACCCUUGCCAUCAUCAGACCUUUUAGAUGGGAGGUUUGGCCCCUAGUAUGCGCGACGAUCCUAGUAACAGGACCAGCUCUGUGGUUCGUAAUCGCAGCUCCGUCGCUAUGGCAACGACGUCGUCAAAACCAACUGCGACUCCUCAACAAUUGCUGCUGGUUCACCACAUCUUUGUUCUUGAGGCAAUCGUCCAGUAAGGAGCCCUCAAACACCCAUAAGGCGCGAUUGGUGUCUAUCCUUAUAUCGCUUGGUGCUACAUACGUCAUCGGAGACAUGUACUCUGCCAACCUGACCAGUUUAUUAGCAAGGCCGGCGAGAGAGCGACCCAUAGGAACAUUACCGGCGCUGGAAGAAGCCAUGAGGGACAGAGGGUACGAGCUGGUGGUUGAAAGGCAUAGCUCCUCACUCGCUAUCUUACAGAACGGGACAGGCGUAUACGGGCGCCUCGCUCGGCUCAUGCGCAGACAGCGCGUGCAGCGCGUGCGCAGCGUGGAGGUGGGCGUACGGCUCGUGCUGUCUCGUCGACACGUCGCCGUCCUCGGUGGCCGCGAAACGCUCUACUAUGAUACUGAGAGAUUUGGAUCGCACAAUUUCCAUCUGAGCGAGAAGCUCUAUACUAGAUAUUCAGCGAUCGCCUUCCAAAUAGGCUGCCCUUAUCUCGAGACCUUCAAUAACGCUGUGAUGACGUUAUUCGAAGGUGGUAUCUUAGCGAAGAUGACGACAGACGAGUACAAGAACCUUCCAGAACAAUCUAGAAGGUCCGAGCCUGUCACAGAGAGUGACAGGCAGAGCAGUGACUUCACCAGCGAAUCUGCCGCCACUUCACAGGCACAGCCAGAAUCAACGAAGGGUUUAGAACCUGUAUCUUUGAGGAUGUUACGAGGGGCGUUUUGUCUUCUUGGUAUUGGUCAUCUUUUGGCUGCAUUAGCCCUCGGCGUAGAAAUCCAAAUCCACAGACGCAAAAAGAACCAAGUGACCAGAGUAGAACCUUCUAGUACCAGGAGAGCAUCAAGAGUGAAGAUAGCCACGAAAGCGGGACAGCUGAUCAGGCGAGGCAUCCGUAGAAUCCACCGAGCUAUAUGCAGACAUAUUGACAGGGCUUUAGGACCAGGAUUAUGA